CGAGUGGAGUAGCAAUGCCCGUUGUAGCAAGGGAGAUUCCCGACCUGUCUCUGCCAAAGAAGCGCCGCCAUCGCCAUGUCGACGGUCCAUGACACGGGUGGCCUCGUGGGCAUCAAGGUCCUUGUGCCCCAUGCUGGCGACGUCGUCGCCUACGACGCCAAGGAGCAGCGCUACGAGGUCCGCUUCGUCACGGGCCUUGUCAUGAACCUGCCACGCGACGAAGUGCUCAACCUCAACCGGAUGUCCAUGCUUAUGCCGACGACGCCGGUCGUGCACCAUCCGCUGGUCGGGACGUUCGUCGUCAAGCUCUUCGGCUCGACGCUGGUUCGUGGCGUCGUCCAGCAACAUAUCUCGGAGUGGAACGUGUUUGAAGUCGCUUACGACAAUGGCCUGCGUGAACACGUCUCCGAAGACUACAUCCGCGCGAACCCGUACGAACCCGUCGUCGUCAAGGUCGAACCGCCCGACGAUUGCAUCGAUCUCACCCUCUCGGACGACGAGACGCCCAUCAAAACCGAACACCCGCCUCGGUUGCCGCCAUCGCUGGCGCCUGUCGACGAGUUGCCGCCUGCGCCGGCCGCGUACAAGCCUCCGCCAGCGACUCCGGUGGCCAGCGUUGCGCUAGCGGCACCAGCUACAGCGACUGCAAUGCCGCCAGUGGCUUCACCCGCGCCAGCGACCGACGUCGCACUGCCGGAGCACAGCAUAGUCGAGUGGAGUGCGUCCGAGAGCGACGUGUCACCACCACACAAGCAGUUCACACGGCUGACCAAAGCCAAGCCGCGCCGACUGAAUAAGGCCGGACGAACGCUGCCUCUUCCGCCGCCCGCCUUGUCCGAGUCUGAGUCUCCACGGACACGUGACGCGUCAUCGUCCGAAGACGAAAACACGAGCGAACAAGGCGCGUCAUCCUCCUCCGACGACGAGAAAACACGGGAUCCGAGGGCGGUCAAGGACGAGCUGGCCGCCAAGGUGUUGCGGCCGGUUGACAAGAACCGACGGCACCACUGCCACGUCCGUCAUAAGAAGGACCGGCGCUCAACGAAGGCAGCGUCGACGUUUCUCGAGACAAAAUCCGAGGAUACGGCGCGGAGACCAAAAAUGGCCAAGCGAGCCGAGUACACCCCGCCGUCAUCACCCGUGUUGAAGCCCAAGCGCCUCAAGAAGACGCCAAAUGUGCCAGAGCUGACACGGCCGCGCAGUAACGUGCGUCAACUCAAAUCGCGAACGCCCAAUGCUUCGCCCAAGGCGAGCACGCCAAGGGACCACGUGGCGCCUCCGCUCGUGUCGCCCCGGGACAUGGACACCGAGUUUGUUAUUCCAAGGAAGCAAGCGAGCAGCAAGCCGACACCGAGCCAAAAUGAACGUCCGCAUUCGAACUCAAAGUACACUGCUGCGAUCUUCAACCCGCCAAAUGCAAUCAAUCGUCGGCCAACCCAACGACCCACAGAUCGAGCCCGGCUGGACACUCCGACGCUCAGCAACACACGGUCAAUGUCACCAAGGUCGAGGCGCCAGAAAAUCAAGCCGCCCGUAAUGCUGCCUGCAGGCUGGGAUGCGCCACCAAGCCGUACCGCGACAGUGUUGGGGAAGAACCAGCCGGCAGCGAUCCCACGGCCAACCGUCCCCAUCAUGUCAAAGCCAGUCUCUAAUUUGGCGGCUAAAGCCCGCAUUGUCGCCAAGGGGCUCAUGCCCGAUUACAUGUUGAAGAACGCGGCCGUGGCGGCGGAGCGCCUCAAGAACGCGCAGUUGGAGUCGGCGAGCAGCGGCGGGUAUGUCCCUCUCGGUCGCAAGCACCAGUUGAGUACGAAGCUUAUCCAGCGCCGACCAAGCAAGGACGACGUCACGACCGCGGUGCCGACGACACCGCCCGAGGAGCCACAGCGCUACUUGGCGCGCGAACCACGGCCGACCGACGAAUUCAGCGUGUCGGUCUAAAGCUGCAGCCUCAUAAGACAUUGAAAUACAGGGCGUACAUAUGUACUACUAGUACGUUAAUGGUCCUACAUCACCUAGCCCUAGUAGCACCGCGCGUACGAGUAUUACUAGUGCGUUGUUACUAUUAUACACUUAUCGC